UUAAAGUACGGCUCAUAAUGACAAAUUGGUUCAACAAUUCGUUAUUUUACAGUACAUGUAUAUACUACGUUUAGUGUACAAGUAUGAAACUCAUCUGGAUAUCAAAUAAUAUUUUGUUCAUGUUAUUAAGUUUUAGAUAUGUACUUGCGGAUCGGGAUAGAGAUGAAGGUUUAGAAGGCUUUAGUACUGUCAGAAAAGGUAUUUUAGAGAAAACGUUUACCGUUCAGUUCAAUGGCACGGAGGAGUUGGCCAAGCAAUGUUUGGAAAGUCAAGGAUUUAAGUUCGAGAAAAAGAUUGCUGGAAAUAUUUACCGUGUCACCAAAGAAGGGAUAUCUCCAGUGAAAAGCAUCGAUGACAUGGCACAACAGCUUAUGAACAGUCCUGGCAAACUUUGUACAUCUGUGCUUAACUUAUGGAGAGAAACGAUCGAAGAUCGAGCAACACGUUCAGCAAUACCAGAACGAUCAAAAAGACAAACCCUGGAUGACGCACAGUGGAACGAACAGUGGUAUCUAAACGACGCUCACAGCCCCAGUAUGGGUGUGGCAACUGCGUGGACGAAAGGCUACAGUGGGGCGGGGAUAAAGAUCAUGGUCGUUGAUGAUGGCCUGGAAACAACUCACACUGAUCUAAGCAACAAUUACUUAUCACACUUGGGAUAUGACGUUUUUACCGACACAACAAACCCGACACCAGACCCAAGCACAGACAGCCAUGGUACAAGCUGUGCAGGGAUCAUCGCUGCCGAAGAUAACACAGAGUGCGUCAUUGGGAUUGCCUACGGUUCCAAAAUAGGAGGUGUACGGCUAAUAGCAUCGACUGGAGCCACCACUUCUCAAGAGGCCGAAGCGUUGGUUUACAAAAAAGAUGAAAUUGACAUAUACAGUAACAGUUGGGGAGCUCCGGACGACGGCCAAACAAUUGCUCCAAUUAGCACUAUUCAAGAACAGGCACUUAUUGAUGGAACAACAAACGGGAGAAAUGGUCUAGGAGCUAUAUAUUCCUGGGCUGCAGGAAAUGGCGGGUACGAGGACGAUGAUUGCAACUAUGAUGGCUACGCAAACAGUCCUUAUACAAUAGCUGUGACUUCGUUACAAACGAGUUCGGCCCCAGCGGAUUAUUCAGAACCGUGCUCAGCGCUUAUGUGUGCAACAUAUGGCGGCGACUAUAAUGAUGAUUUCAUUGCAACGACGGAUGUAUCAAAUGGAUGUACUACAACGUUUGUAGGAACCUCCGCCGCUUGUCCUGUUGCCUCAGGGAUAUUUGCCCUCGUCCUUGAAUCAAAGCCUAGUCUUACAUGGAGGGAUAUACAGCAUAUUAUAGUGGAGACCGCCAACAACGACCUUCACAGUUCUCACGACUUUUACCUCAACGGAGCCCAAAAGAAAGUGAGCACUACAGCUGGGUUCGGCCUUCUCGAUGCGGAUGCCAUGAUUACCAAAGCUGCCAGUUGGACGACGGUGCCAGAAAGACUUAGUUGUGAAUCACAGCAGGGUAUUGUGAACAGUGCUGCAGCCGUGGAAAUCCUGAACACAAUCACCAUUAGCGAAUGCGCGAUCAAUUACCUAGAACACGUUGAGAUUACGGCUCAAAUUUCAACUAACAUUACCGGGCAUAUGGAGCUUUACUUAAUGUCACCAAACGGGGCGGGCUGGACACGCAUCUUAAAACACCGAAACGAGGACACAUCCAGUGGAACUCUUGUGAAUCACAGAUUUAUGUCCGUUCAUCAAUGGAGGGAGGGGGCGAAUGGUGACUGGACUAUUAAACUCUCUGACUCAAACGGCGGACAUGUGUUGAUAUUUUAUGAUUGGAAAAUCAAACUCUACGGAACCAGCACGGAUCCGCUAGCAACUAAAGAAGACGACAACGUGAACGUCGGAGCUAUAGUCGGUGGUGUUGUAGGUGGGGUUGCUGUGGUAGGAGGUGUAGUCGCCGUUGUAGGUUACGUGGUGAUGGGUAACAAGGCCACUGCAAGUGUAGCCCCAACUACUUCGUGAGCACAAAUUACGCUCCAUUGGAAACAAAGAUAGCAACAGUUUCGUCGCAAGCUUCUAUGUAAAUGUGAAUUUCAUCUGAAGAAUCAUCAAUUGGAUUAUUUUAACUGUGAAAAUUUGAUCAUUAUUCAUUCCAUUGUUUUGCCCUUUGGUUUACCAACACAUUUGAAUUUUCUAUCUAAACUAAUUUUGUGUUUCAGACUGUACGUCGCAGGCAUAACAUAUUUUGAACCGCAAAUCGAAAUCAGGUAGCAUCGUCAUGACAUUUUUUUAAUGUAAAUAAAAUUGCACUUUUUGCACCUUUUCCCUUUCAACGCGUUAGUGCAUUCAUUUGUUUUAAGGACAGGGAAUAAUAUUAUACUGAUAUUGUCAAUUCUUAUGGGAAAAACAAGACAUCCUAUUCCUGCAAAGAUAUUCUAAUGGAAUAGCCCCACAGACAAACAAUAAAUAGCUCUGCUCAUAACUUGUAAUUAAUUACAGACUUGCUUAACUUUAUGAACUUUAAUUUUCUAAUUUUAGGUUUCAAUGCAUUAUAUAGCUAUUGCUGGUAUAAAUAUUCGCAUUGAAGUUUUGGUCUUCAUACUUUGUAUCAUAAUAAAUCUAUACGAUA